AUGGCCAAAAAGAACUUCCAACGGGUGCACGGUGACCUCGCCUCUCUGCAAAAAUUGUUGCAACAAGUAGCGACCAAAAAUGACAGUCCCUCCUGGCUGAAGUUGUUUGCCUUUGCCCCAACAGCGCUUCGACUGCCUGCCAAAACGAAAUCCGAGCGCACCAGCACUUUGGCCACUGCAGUGAAAAAGAAUCUAGAUCUGUUCGACCGCGACAUUGAGAUCCCACCCCUGCAGUCUGCCAAAACCAAGAGGAAACGCAGCACGGACGAAGACAUAGCUCGUCGUGUCGGCGAAAAGAUUGAUGACGGGUCCGUUUCUGGUGCGAUGCGCAUUGUGAUGUCUACGGAUUCCGUCGCGGACAUCACCUCUGACACUCUGAAGGAGCUCAGAGCGAAGCACCCCGAAUUUGCGCCUCCGCCUGUGUCAGUCCUCAAUGCUGAUACACAUGUAGCGCCUCCCGUAACCGCCGCAGAUGUUUUUGCAGCCAUCCGCAGCUUUCCACGGGGCUCUGCUGCAGGACCAGACGGGUUGCGCCCUCAACAUCUAAUCGACAUAGUCGGUGGGAAAAUGGACGAUCACAGUGGACAAUUUUGCGAGAGCCUAGCUGCUGUUCUCAACGUUGUUUUGGAGGGAAAAGUGCCAGCUGAUAUCCGUCCUGCUUUCUUCGGUGGAAAGCUGCUGGCCUUGCGGAAGAAGGACGGCGGGCUGCGCCCCAUUGCGGUCGGAAUGACACUGCGCCGUGUCAUUGCCAAAAUUGUUUGCAGUAAAGUAGCGGAGCGGGCGGUUGCUGUUCUUUCUCCUGGACAAGUUGGCUUUAACGUACGUGGUGGGGCUGAAGCAAUAGUACACGGAACCAGACAAUUUAUCAACGAGAAUCCCGAAAUUACAAAAGCCAUCGUCAAAGUGGAUUUCCGUAAUGCGUUCAAUACAGUUUCGCGAGAAGUAGUGCUCGACGCUGUGAAAUCGCACUUCCCGGAAUAUUUCGCCUUUUUCCAGUCAGCUUACGGACAUCAUUCUUCACUGUUCAUCGGUGAACAUGUUAUGUCUUCCGAAUCCGGAGUGCAACAGGGUGAUCCGUUGGGCCCGCUAUUGUUCUGUCUAGCUUUGCAAGCCGUAAUUCUCACCCUUAAUACCGAGUUAAACGCUUGGUACCUUGACGACGGGACGCUUGGCGGUCUCCCAGAAAGUGUACAGGAGAAUUUAGCUCGAGUUAUUGAAGGUGCUCGGAGAAUUGGAUUGGAAAUUAACGUUACAAAGUGUAAACUAUACGUUUCUGGCGGGUCGGAGACAGCUCAGCAGAAAGCAGUAGAUGAUUUUCUUGUCCAACACCCCGGUGUCCGUGUAAUGUCCAGCUCCAGUCUGACUUUGCUUGGAGCUCCUGUCUUGGACGCCGCGAUCGCCCCCCUGUUUGCCGAGAAAGCGCAAUCGUUGGCCACGGUGUGUGAGCGGAUGCAGCUGCUCCCACGUCACCACGCGCUUUUCCUUCUACGCCACUGCCUCGGUGCACCAAAGAUCGUAUACAUGCUGAGAUGUAGUAAUGCCUGGAAAUACUCAGAGCAAUUGUAUAAAAUCGACGAAUCUUGCGUUCCUGCUUCCAACAGUUGUGCAACGUCCGAACCAAUCACGAUGACUAUCCCAGCUGGCGUCAGGCGAGCCUCCCGGUUAGCAGAGGUGGUAUUGGCUUACGUCGCUCGGAGGAAUUAG